UCGGUCGAGCGCAUGCAAGCACCGUCGCAUGCGGGAAAGCAGUUUCUCUCAGAGUUUAUAUCAGAUGUGCCGACGCACAUUUUUGGCUUCUGUUUUAUACGCGAACAAUGGGGGUUUCUGUAUGUCAACGGGACUUUUAUGCGGUCGCGUGAGAGAUCUUCAGUACCGGCAGUGAAUAUCGGAACGCAGCCCUGGUAUUGUGCAAGGGGCCGUACAAACAGUCGCGCAUUUCGUUUGUCAUUACUUCAUUUUGGUAGUACUGACAAACUGGCAGAAAAGCGCGGCAAAGUGCGGCACACUGACUGAGAUUCGUGAUAAUACGGAACGAGCGGCGCGAGCAGCGGGCGACAGAUAUCCUCAAGAAACGAAUUUAUCAUGUCAGAAAACAAGGAGGUGGUAUUGAAAUUCGCAAAAUUGUCGGAGAAAGCAUUUGCGCCGAUGAAAGGAUCUGAGUACGCGGCAGGUUACGACUUGCGAAGCGCCUACAGAUGUGUUAUACCAGCGCGUGGGAAAGAAUUGGUUAAAACAGACUUGCAAAUAGAAGUUCCUCCUGGUACGUACGGCAGAGUCGCACCACGAUCUGGAUUAGCAUGGAAGAAUUAUAUAGAUGUAGGUGCGGGUGUCAUAGAUGCAGAUUACCGAGGUAAUCUAAGUGCACUAUUAUUUAACCACAGUAAUGAUGAUUUUGAAAUUGCACCUGGUGAUCGUAUAGCUCAAUUAAUAUGUGAGAAAAUCGUAUAUCCUAAAAUAGAGGAAGUAGAAUCUCUAAGUGAUACAAAUAGAGGUGCAGGAGGAUUUGGUUCAACAGGCAUGAAAUAAAGGGUCGAAAGUUAAUCCAACUCGAUAUGUUUCAUUAAUGCAAGAAAGGAUUCAGGAUUUGUUGUAUGUACUUUAUACUUUAGUUUAAUUUAUACUUUUAUUUUUGUACCAAUGUAAUAUUUACAUGUCCGAGUACCAAAUAUAAUAAUAUAAUCAUA